UCAUAAAAUUUUGACUACUACCGGACAUGAUAUCGCAGUAAAUUUACACCAAUUAGAGUGAAGAUAAACUGAUAGAGCGAUUGCGCUUUGAACACAUUUACAAGAAGACGCCAUUUUGCAAGCGUUGGCCGACUGUUUGAGAAACGCUCUGGACGAGUCAGUGUUUUUAACUCGGUUUUAGUACUUUUGUUGCAAACUUUGUAAUUGUACAUAGAACCAAUGGGUGAUUAUCAAGUAGCUUCUGUUCCUGGAGAUGCUUUAGGCGUCGCACAGUUGGAGUUAGGUGCAAAUCCAAACGCUUUAGCUUUGCGGCGGCCUUUUGAUCCAAUUGCUCACGACUUAGAAGCAAGUUUUCGGUUGACGCGUUUUGCCGAUUUGAAAGGACGUGGUUGUAAAGUACCACAAGAAGUGUUGAAUAAAUUAGUGGAAGGUCUUCAACAAGAUUAUAAUAGUGCUCAAGAUGAACACGCUCACUUUAUGCACAUGGCCAUACCAAGAAUCGGCAUCGGCCUUGACUGUUCAGUUACACCACUUCGCCAUGGAGGAUUGUGUUUGGUACAAACAACUGAUUUCUUCUAUCCAUUGGUUGAUGAUCCGUACAUGAUGGGAAAAAUCGCCUGUGCUAAUGUUUUGAGUGAUUUGUAUGCUAUGGGAGUCACCGAGUGUGAUAAUAUGCUUAUGUUACUUGGUGUUAGUACAAAAAUGACAGAAAAGGAACGUGAUGUCGUCAUUCCAUUAAUCAUGCGAGGUUUUAAAGAUUCAGCACUUGAAGCCGGUACGAGUGUUACUGGUGGUCAAACUGUUGUAAAUCCAUGGUGCACAAUUGGAGGUGUUGCAUCAACUGUAUGCCAGCCAAACGAAUACAUUGUUCCAGACAACGCAGUGGUAGGUGAUGUUUUGGUGCUUACAAAACCUUUGGGUACACAAGUAGCUGUGAAUGCACAUCAAUGGUUGGAUCAACCAGAACGUUGGAAUCGUAUCAAACUCGUUGUCUCCGAAGAAGAUGUCCGUAAAGCUUAUCAUCGUGCAAUGGAUUCAAUGGCUCGAUUAAAUCGUAUUGCAUCACGAUUGAUGCACAAAUACAACGCUCAUGGUGCAACAGAUGUAACUGGUUUUGGACUUUUGGGUCAUGCUCAAAAUUUGGCAUCACAUCAAAAGAAUGAAGUUGCAUUUGUUAUUCACAAUUUACCAGUGAUCGCUAAAAUGGCAGCGGUUGCAAAAGCUUGUGGUAACAUGUUCCAAUUGUUACAAGGGCAUUCGGCUGAAACUUCUGGAGGUUUGUUAAUAUGUUUACCACGUGAACAAGCUGCAGCUUACUGUAAAGACAUCGAAAAACAGGAGGGCUAUCAAGCAUGGAUUAUUGGUAUUGUUGAAAAAGGUAAUCGCACAGCCCGUAUCAUUGAUAAACCACGAGUUAUUGAAGUACCAGCUAAAGAUUAGAGCUGCAGUUGCCAUUUUUUCAUAAUUUUAAACAUAAUUUAGUAUUUUUGAAAUGAAGAGACUGUUUAUUACAUGAAAUACAAAGUGUGAAAAAAACAGUUCUAACAUGAUUCAGUAAAUUUUAAGUAUUUUUUUUUUUUGAUAAAUUAGUUUGUGGCAAAUUCCAUUUUUUGACGAUAUUUUUUCAUAAUAAAAAACACCACGUUCGUCCUAACUUUUCAAACAAGAUAAUAAAAUGAAUCAUUUAUGAAACAUGAUUAUUUGAUUACCUUGGAGCAUCGUGUAUUUUCAUGUAAUAAUAACGGAGUAAUUCCGUGUUUGGGGGCACUAGCCAUUAAGAAGUGAUUUUAUUGGCAGGCACAUAUAUUUUUAUUUUAAUAAUAUAAUUAAAAAGUAAUUCCUUUACAUUUGUAAUAUUUCAUACAAAAGGCUUUUUUUCGAUUAAUUUGUUUAUUUUUGUAUAUCUCUGCAUUCAUUGGUGUUGCAUAAUUAACGUUUUAAAAGUUUCAAAACUGGUUCAAAUCAAAUAAAAAACAAACAUUUUCAGAUACAGCACUUUUUCAAAACAAUUGUAUUUCUUAUUCUUAAUUAAGUAUAGUUUAUGUAUUUUGUGAAACUUAGAUUAGGUAAUUAAUUCACAUACAUUUUUCGUAUUCUUACCCCAUUUAAUCUGGACUAGAGUUUUUAUU